UCUGGAUUCGACCAGUCGUCUUCCACAUUAACAUUAUUACUCAUUUCAUAGCCUAUUUUCAUGUCUGGUGCUUUUGGCGGAUUCUCCUAGACUAAGAGGCCCUUGUUUUUUCUUCUUUCUUCCGUCUCAGAUAAUCUUUGGGUCUGUCGAAAUUCGAAGAUUGAAUUCGUUUUAAAAGAAGGGCAGCAUUGCUGUUGAUUGAUAGCCGAGAGGCUAAAACCUUGGUCGAUUCAGGCUCGUCAACUGAAACUUCAUGAAUUUUCACUGUUAGCCGCAUUUCUUCAACAUGAGCAACCAGUUUGGCAAAGAUCAUGAUGAAGCCACUGUCGUGGGAUUUGAAGUUCCAAAAUCACCUGAUUCCAGUUACAACAAUGUGUACCCCAGAGAUGAAGAUGAGGCACGGGACCCGCCUAUUGUCCCUCCACAUCUGCAGCGCACCUUGCUUAGUUAUCCAGCAAGUAGAGAUACUGUGGGAGCUCUUCCGUCACCACAAAAUGUGAUCCUCAACCAUCUUUACAUUGAAAAUCGUGAGACCCCGCGAUCAGUAGUGGCUCUUGGCUUCACUCAUCGCUUCCGCUCGAAGUAUGUCACUGUUGUACUAUACAAACCAGUUCCAAGAGGAGGGAGUGCCAGUAGUUAGCGAGCGGAUUGAGUAAACCUUCAUUAGGACUGGCUCAUUUGUCCUUAUCACCAUCUAAUUAGAUUCAAACUAUUUGAAUGCCAUGUUAGGUGCACAAAUCAUUCCUUACCUUUCAAGCUUCUGCAGCAGGUGGAGAUUAGGUUUACCGUACUCUCCCAACUUGACUUAUCAGUUGUUUCUUGGGGGUAAAUUCAGUAUACAUGUAGAAGAUUUUUCAUCCAUAUUCUUUCGAACUAAUGUGUGCUAUAUGGUAUGUGCUUCAACUUGUCGUCUUAUAAAGCCAUCUGAUAUUCAUUCCUAUA